AUGACAGACCUCCCUCAGAUCCUGUCAUCUUUGGAUGCCGUCAAUUACAAGCAAUAUGUACUUGGGUUCUCUUGUGCCGUGUAUGCUUUCGAGCAGUACCUAAACUAUCGUCAGCAUCGUCGCUACUUGUUGAAAGAUCGUCCCAAGGAUUUGGCCGACAUUGUCAGCGAAGAGGAUUUCAAAAAGUCGCAAGCUUACAAUCUCGAAAAGUCGCGUUUCGCUUUCGUGGAGAAUGCGUACAAGCAACUGGAAACCGUCCUCACUCUGCAUUAUGAUGUCCUUCCUUGGCUUUGGGACUUUUCCGGAAGAAUGUUGUUCAAAUACACUGGCUAUGGUGCCGAUUAUGAAAUUUGCCACUCUCUUGUGUUUGUGGUUAUCUUCAAUCUCUUGAACACGGUCAGUUCGCUUCCCUUUUCGCUGUAUUCCACCUUUGUCGUUGAACAGCGUCACGGUUUCAACAAUCAAACCUUGCGUCUCUUUAUCACGGAUUUACUCAAAUCCCAGUUGGUGUUUGCCGUCAUUAUGGUCCCCUUCUUAUCCGCCUUUUUAUGGAUCAUCCAAUCCACCGGCGACCAAUUCUUCUUUUACGUGUGGGUGAUGUUUAUUCUGUUCCAGUUAUUCCUGAUUACGAUUUACCCCACGGUGAUCCAGCCAUUGUUCAGCAAACUUACUCCGUUGGAGACAGGCGAACUUCGUACUCAAAUUGAAACGUUGGCGGCUCGUAUUCACUUCCCUCUCAAGAAACUUUAUGUGAUUGAUGGCAGCAAGCGAUCCAGUCAUUCCAAUGCAUAUUUCUAUGGAUUUGGAAAGAACAAGCAUAUUGUCAUUUUUGAUACCUUGAUCGACCAUUCCACCAAUGAUGAAAUCUGUGCUGUAUUAGCGCAUGAAUUGGGCCAUUGGUCGAUGAGCCACACUUUGAAGAUUCUUAUCGUGCAACAAAUCUAUCUCUUGAACUUGUUCUGGAUGUUCUCGUUCUUUAUCCACAAUCAGCGUCUCUAUGCCGAUUUUGGUUUUAAUACCAUGCCAACCUUGAUCGGUUUCCUUUUGUUCCAGUUCAUCUUUGGUCCCGUUGACAGCGUCAUCAGCUUUUUGAUGCACGUGUAUCAACGUAAAAACGAAUAUGAAGCAGACGCCUUUGCUUUGAAAUUGGGCUAUGCUUCAACUCUUCGCAAUGCUUUGAUCAAACUGAGUGUGAAGAAUCUGGGCGGUUUCAACGUGGAUCCUUGGCAUUCGGCUUGGAACCGAUCGCACCCUAGUUUGACGGAGAGAUUGGACGCUUUGGGAGUUCCUUCCUCAUCGGAUAAGAAGGAGCAAUAG